CGUUCAUAGUACUACUACUACUGCAUUUGCAAUCCAGCGCUUCAUCUCUCUCUCUCUACUGCAUUUGCAAUCCAGCGCCUCAUCUCUCUCUCUCUCUCUCUCUCUCUCUCUCUCUCUCUCUCUCUCUCUACUGCAUCAUAGGAACAAUCAACCAGGCAGGCAGGCAGCUCUUUGCAAGCCAUCUUACUACUUCUCUUUUCGUCUUCUCGAAUCGGCUAAUUUGUUCACAGGAGAGCUAGAUGCUAGCAAUGAACAAACAUCGUCAGGAGGAGUCGUGUGUUUCCCCGGGGUUCAGGUUCCACCCAACAGAUGAGGAGCUGGUGGGGUACUACCUGGCUCGGAAGGUGGCCGCCCAGAAGAUCGACUUGGACAUCAUCCAGGAGGUGGAUCUCUACCGGAUAGAACCAUGGGACCUCCAAGAGAGGUGCGGCGGCAGGGGUGGAGGCGGAGCACGGCCAGAUCAGGAGGACCAGUCGUCGUUGGAGUGGUACUUCUUCAGCUUCAAGGACCGCAAGUACCCUAGCGGCACCCGCAACAACCGCGCCACGGCGGCAGGGUUUUGGAAGGCCACCGGCCGCGACAAGCCGGUAACCUCAUCCAAGAGGCGGGUUGUCAUCGGCAUGAGGAAGACACUCGUCUUCUACAGGGGCCGCGCACCCAACGGUAGGAAGACCGACUGGAUCAUCCACGAGUACCGCCUCCACACAAGCGAGCACGCGCCCACACAGGAGGUAGGUUGGGUGGUGUGCCGGGCGUUCCAGAAGCCGACCCCAAACCAGAGGCCAUCCUACAUCUUCCCCGCAUACUCUGCCGCUCCACAUCUCGGUGGCUACUACAACGCGCGGCCCUGGCAAGGCGGCAGGCUCGGCUUCCCCGGCCAGGGUGCCCAGUACUCCCCCUAUGACCCGCUGGAGAGCAAGCAGAGCAUCUUCAGGAACAUCCCGCAGCUCAUUGAGAACCCGCCGAUGACCACCGCCGCUGCUGGUUGCGGCGACGCCGGCUAUGACUUUGUCCAGCAGGGACAGGCGGCAGCCGGCAUCGACUGGAAUUUCCUGGACAGCUUGUUGUCCACGUCUCCGCAGCUAGUGCCGCCUCACACCUUCAGCUUCCCUCAUGAGGGGGAACGAGAGGCUCUUGGUCUUCCACGUCCACUAGAAGUAGAUCAGCACAAGUUGUAGCGAAUGAGCCAUCGGUAUACGUGAGCCUUGGUGCAUGUGAACUUCCACUAGCGCGAGCUUCCAUCGUGCCAUGUACAUUUGCUUCUGACCCCUUGAUUUGUUUGUCAUGUAAAUAUGAAGGAACCUAGGUGUAACAUCCCUGAA